AUGGCCUCGCUUGUCGAGGGUUUAUCCACGUGUGAACGCUUGCAAUGUGAUACAACAGUUGGUUACGGUGGAUCGCCGGAUGAGAACGGAGAAACGACACUGGACGCUUUGCUCAUUGAUGGCUACAAUCACGAUACAAUUGGCAUGGUAAUCAUUGAUGAAAGUGGAGAAAUCUCUGCGGGAACUUCGACGAAUGGCGCUAGUCAUAAAAUCCCAGGAAGAGUCGGAGAUUCAUCGAUUCCCGGCUCUGGAGCCUAUUUGACACAGAAAGUGGGUGGAGCGGCGGCGACAGGAGACGGCGAUGUGAUGAUGAGGUUCUUGCCGAGUUAUCAAACGGUGGAAUUCAUGCGACAAGGCGCUGCUCCAAGUGAAGCCGCGAGAAAAGCCCUAGCAAGGAUCUCUCAAUUUUAUCCCAAAUUCCAGGGAGCUAUUGUGGCAGCCAAUGUGAAAGGUGAUCACGGUGCUGCCUGUGCCGGAAUGCCUUCGUUCACCUAUUCUUACAUGGAAAGCGGGGAAAGACACGCAUAUCACUACGAGGAAAUUCGUCCCCGUUCCUCAUCACAUGAUCGCUAUGCGACGAUCGAAUUCACGACGCGCGCCACGAGAAAGAGUGAACCGAGAGAAUUCGUGCAUCAUAUUGCGAUUGAACGCGAGCCACCGAAAACGCCGCUUCGGACAGCCAGCUCGCAAAGUCUUCACUCCACUGUACUCAAACAACAGCAUCGACAACACACGCAUGUUAGAGAUCAUCAAAAUGAUGUCUUUUCAACGGUAAAAACUGCCCGAUUGCCCGAAGAGUUCAGUACAACAGCGAUUUAUCAGAAAGGAAAUCUUUUGGAUGAAAAGGGGCUGACGAAGGGACGCGGAGUCCUUGUCUCGUCAUUCCGAAGUCAUCACUCGUCCGCCUCGACAAAUGCCACAAAAACGAGUUACGAAGAAGAGGAGCGCUAUCGUUGCGAGCAUUUGCUGACUCGAGCAAAUGGAGGACCACCGCUGAAAGAAAGCGAUUUUCACGGAGACACACCCGUUGUGCACUAUCAUUAUGUUGCCGGUUCUCUCGAGUGUUUUCACUCAAUCAGUCGAUCGAACUCAAAGAAACGCCGAAAUGAGCGACAUGGGGAUUCGGGGAGGAAAAGAACGAAAGAUAAAGGCGAAAUGGAGAGAUGGAUUGAAUCCCAGCACUCACAACAAGUCACCACUCAUCGAAAACCGCCGCCAAUCCCGGUUUUCGAUGAAAAACCGCAAAUUUCGACGAUUGGAACGGAAAAAUCGACAAAAUCUACGGAAGAUGGAGAUCUCUAUGAGGAAUUGGGUGAGUUUUAUAAAAGA